CCGGACGCUCGGGCGGCUCCGCCUCGGCCGGCGGACGUUGGAAGACCACGGGGGCCACGGGCCCCGGGCCGGCCCAGCAGUUCACGAGGCGCUCGGGCUCACCCCCCGACGCUAACUCCGCCUAUUUAAUCCCGGCGGCUCCUGCCCGCCCCUUGCGCCCUGGUGGUAGGAAACACUCCUGGGUCUAGCUCGACGUGUCCGGAAAGCCUCCGCCAGUUUCCCUUUCGUUCUGCAGCCGCUGCUUGCUGGCCGUACAGCGCCCGCACACCCACGGGCGCAGCCGCUGGGGGUGAGGCUCCUGGGGGCCGCGGGCUGAGCGGCGGGGCGCCCCAAGCACCAUGCUGGACCCGUCUUCCAGCGAAGAGGAGUCGGACGAGGGGCUGGAAGAAGAGAGCCGCGAUGUGCUGGUGGCGGCCGGCGGCUCGCAGCGAGUGUUGCCGGCCCCGGCUCGGGAAGGGCGGCGGGACGCUGCGGGGCGCGCGGGCGGCAGCGGCGCGGCCAGACCCGUGAGCCCGAGCCCCUCCGUGCUCAGCGAGGGACGAGAGGAGCCCGAAAGGCAGCUGGACGAGGAGCAGGAGCGGAGGAUCCGCCUGCAGCUCUACGUCUUCGUGGUGAGAUGUAUCGCGUACCCGUUUAAUGCCAAGCAGCCCACUGACAUGGCCCGGAGGCAGCAGAAGCUUAACAAGCAACAAUUGCAGUUACUGAAAGAACGGUUCCAGGCCUUCCUCAACGGGGAAACCCAAAUCGUAGCUGAUGAAGCAUUUUGCAAUGCAGUUCGGAGUUACUAUGAGGUUUUUCUGAAGAGUGAUAGAGUGGCCAGAAUGGUUCAGAGUGGAGGAUGUUCUGCUAAUGACUUCAGAGAGGUGUUUAAGAAAAACAUUGAAAAACGUGUGCGGAGUUUGCCAGAAAUCGAUGGUUUGAGCAAAGAGACAGUGCUGAGCUCAUGGAUAGCCAAAUAUGAUGCCAUUUACAGGGGCGAAGAGGACUUGUGUAAACAGCCGAACAGAAUGGCCCUUAGUGCUGUUUCUGAACUUAUUCUGAGCAAGGAACAACUCUAUGAAAUGUUUCAGCAGAUUUUGGGCAUUAAGAAACUGGAGCACCAACUCCUUUACAAUGCGUGUCAGCUGGAUAAUGCAGAUGAACAAGCAGCCCAGAUCAGAAGGGAACUUGAUGGUCGUUUGCAAUUGGCAGAGAAAAUGGCAAAGGAAAGAAAAUUCCCCAGAUUUAUAGCAAAAGAAAUGGAGACUAUGUAUAUAGAAGAGCUGCGGUCUUCAGUGAAUUUGCUAAUGGCCAAUUUGGAGAGUCUUCCGGUUUCAAAAGGUGGUCCAGAAUUUAAGUUACAAAAAUUAAAACGUUCACAGAAUUCUGCAUUUUUGGACAUAGGAGAUGAGAAUGAGAUUCAGCUGUCAAAGUCUGACGUGGUGCUGUCAUUCACCUUAGAGAUCGUCAUAAUGGAAGUGCAAGGUUUGAAGUCAGUCGCUCCCAAUCGAAUUGUUUACUGUACAAUGGAAGUGGAAGGAGGAGAAAAACUACAGACAGAUCAGGCUGAAGCCUCAAGGCCACAAUGGGGAACCCAAGGAGAUUUUACCACUACCCAUCCACGGCCUGUGGUCAAAGUUAAGCUCUUCACGGAGAGCACUGGAGUCCUGGCCCUUGAAGAUAAAGAGUUAGGACGGGUGAUAUUAUACCCAACUUCUAACAGCUCCAAGUCAGCUGAGUUGCACCGAAUGAUAGUUCCAAAAAAUAGCCAGGACUCUGACUUAAAAAUCAAAUUGGCAGUGCGAAUGGAUAAACCACCACAUAUGAAACAUAGUGGAUAUCUAUAUGCCCUUGGACAGAAGGUUUGGAAAAGAUGGAAAAAACGUUAUUUUGUCCUUGUUCAAGUUAGCCAGUACACCUUUGCUAUGUGCAGUUAUAGAGAGAAAAAGUCCGAACCACAAGAAUUAAUGCAGCUUGAAGGAUACACUGUGGAUUACACAGAUCCUCACCCAGGCCUUCAGGGUGGUCAGAUGUUCUUCAAUGCAGUUAAAGAAGGAGACACUGUGAUAUUCGCCAGUGAUGAUGAACAGGAUAGAAUAUUGUGGGUUCAAGCGAUGUAUAGGGCCACAGGUCAGUCAUAUAAACCCAUUCCUGCAAUUCAGACCCAGAAGCUGAAUCCUAAAGGAGGACCUCUCCAUGCAGAUGCUCAGCUUUCUGGUAAGGAUGCAGAUCGUUUUCAGAAACAUGGUAUGGAUGAGUUUAUUUCUGCGAAUCCCUGCAAGCUUGACCACGCCUUCCUUUUUAGAAUCCUCCAGAGGCAGACUUUGGAUCACAGACUGAAUGAUUCCUAUUCUUGCUUGGGUUGGUUUAGCCCUGGACAGGUCUUCGUGUUAGAUGAGUACUGUGCCCGUUACGGCGUGAGGGGCUGUCACAGACAUCUCUGCUACCUUACAGAACUGAUGGAACAUUCAGAAAAUGGUGCUGUCAUUGACCCAACCCUGCUCCAUUACAGCUUUGCAUUCUGCGCUUCUCAUGUGCACGGCAACAGGCCUGAUGGGAUUGGAACCGUCUCAAUGGAAGAAAAAGAGAGGUUUGAGGAGAUAAAGGAAAGACUCUCUUCCCUGUUGGAGAAUCAGAUAAGCCAUUUCAGAUACUGUUUUCCCUUUGGACGACCCGAAGGUGCGCUGAAAGCUACACUUUCACUACUUGAAAGGGUUUUAAUGAAAGACAUUGCCACUCCCAUACCAGCAGAAGAGGUGAAAAAAGUGGUCAGAAAAUGUCUUGAGAAAGCUGCCUUGAUCAAUUACACGAGACUCACAGAAUAUGCCAAAAUAGAAGGCCCGGCAGAAAAGGACACAGAGACCAUGAACCAGGCGACUCCUGCUAGGAAGCUGGAAGAGGUUCUUCAUCUGGCAGAGCUCUGCAUAGAAGUCUUGCAGCAGAACGAAGAGCAUCACGCAGAGGGAAGAGAGGCAUUUGCCUGGUGGCCUGAUUUAUUGGCAGAGCAUGCAGAGAAAUUUUGGGCUUUAUUCACAGUGGAUAUGGAUACUGCACUAGAGGCUCAACCCCAAGACUCCUGGGACAGUUUUCCUCUUUUCCAACUACUUAAUAAUUUCCUCAGAAAUGACGCACUUUUAUGUAAUGGAAAAUUUCAUAAACACUUGCAAGAACUCUUUGUGCCCUUGGUUGUCCGCUACGUGGAUCUCAUGGAGUCCUCCAUCGCCCAGUCGAUUCACAGAGGUUUUGAGCAGGAGACAUGGCAGCCUGUCAAGAAUAUCGCCAACAGUCUUCCCAAUGUAGCUCUUCCAAAAGUUCCAAGUCUGCCUCUUAAUCUUCCACAGAUUCCUAGCUUUUCUACUCCUUCGUGGAUGGCUUCUUUAUAUGAGUCCACCAAUGGCUCAGCAACAUCGGAAGACCUUUUUUGGAAGCUUGAUGCACUGCAAAUGUUUGUCUUUGAUCUACACUGGCCAGAACAAGAAUUUGCCCAUCACUUAGAGCAAAGACUUAAACUAAUGGCCAGUGAUAUGAUUGAGGCCUGUGUCAAAAGAACAAGAACUGCAUUCGAACUCAAGCUGCAAAAGGCAAGCAAAACGACUGACUUGCGCAUCCCAGCUUCCGUGUGUACAAUGUUUAAUGUAUUAGUUGAUGCCAAAAAGCAAAGCACCAAACUCUGUGCCCUGGAUGCAGGACAGGAGUUUGGUAGUCAGUGGCAGCAGUACCAUUCCAAAAUAGAUGAUUUGAUUGACAACACCGUAAAAGAAAUCAUUUCACUUCUAGUUUCAAAGUUUGUUUCAGUGUUGGAAGGGGUGCUGUCGAAGCUGUCACGGUAUGACGAAGGCACUUUCUUCUCCUCCAUUCUGUCAUUCACUGUGAAAGCAGCUGCAAAAUAUGUUGAUGUUCCAAAACCAGGAAUGGAUCUGGCAGACACCUAUAUUAUGUUUGUUCGGCAAAACCAGGAUAUUCUUCGAGAAAAGGUCAAUGAGGAAAUGUACAUAGAAAAGUUGUUUGAUCAAUUCACGGGCUUCAUGGUGACACUUCAGCUGUGGCAGUUACAGAAGGUCCUCCUACGUCAUCUCCACCCUGCUCUGUCGUGUCCGUGUUUGCUGUUUGUCAGGCUGGGUGGUCAAAAAGAGCCUUAUCUUUCCUACUUUAUGUUUCUAGCCUCUACCCGGGCUGUUUUACAAUAAAAGUAUCAUCUGUUUUAAUAAGCUAAGUGUUAAUAUGUGUGAAAAGAAUGAUUUCCUAAAAGCUUUGAUGCCCUGCAGGGGUAGAAAAAUUAUCAUCCUUCCAGCUGGCUCUUUUACAAAAUACGGAAACCGUAUUAGCAACUUUUGCUUCCAUUUGGUAUUGCUCUGAAUUGACAAGCGUGUGUUUCACUUCCAAGUUCUCUCUGACUUUUUUUGCUUAUGUGGUCGUUUUCAAAAAUGUUGAGCAGAGAAGGAAAGUUGUGUUGAUCUUAUUCCCAUUAUGUUUCUUCCUAGAAGAGUUAAAGCACAUCCUCUGUCAUGAGACCGUGGUAGUUGUUCAGGAAAUAGGCCCCUGUAGAUGGGAGGGUCUGUGUGUCCGCGUGUUUCUUAACAUCUUCUGUCUUUUGUCUCGGUGACCUAUUUGCUACAAAGCUUGCCAUCAGUUCCUAACAGAGGUAGACUUUUUUUUUUUCUUCAUCAAGUUAUUUCCCACUUCAACUCCCCUUCAUAUUCACCAGACUUCUGAAGACCCCAUUUAGGGCAACACUAACAAAGGGAGCUGACUAAAGUGGAUGCCAGGAGGCCAACGUUAAGAUGGUGUGCUAGUUUAAUAGUCCUGGCGAUAGAGAUAUACUUUCCUUUCGAUGUCUAAGCAUCAGACAUGGCUGUGGGUUUGCUUCCAAAAGGAACCCUUGACAAGCAACCAUUCUGCUUGCGCUGUGAAAGUUGUGUCAUUUUGCAUAUCCCCAGCGGAACAUGGGACUCGUUAUUUGUAAAAUAGUUAUAAUGUCCUUAAACAUUCUAAUAUUUUUAAGUUGCACAUUUUUUAUUGCUGUAAUUAAAAAUAAAAACUAGACUGAUGCUAUUGAGAUGUCAUCCAGCAUAACACAGAUGAGGGGGUACUAAGAGCCCCUAAUUAGCCAGGACUGAAUGUGCCUCAAUUAUAGUUGGUAAAUGAGAGGUUAUCAAGUAUGUGUUGAAAGGUAAAGCAGAAUGUGUAUCUUAAGCAACAGAUCAUUACUGAGAGACAUUAUAUAAUUAUUGGAAAUCCACUUGGCUGGAGCUUAAAAUAAUAUUGUUAGGUGUCAAGAAACUGUUGAAAAUAAUGACCCUAUAAAUACUGUUAGCAACCUUGUCUAUUACAGAUAGAAGAUUGAAGAGAACAGUUUUAUUCAGGCAUCAUGACAAACUUUUGCUAUUCCAAUUAAAGUGUUUCCCAAGUAAGAAAUGGACACCUCCUACCUUCAGAUGCAGGGGAAAAUGCACACACAUACACAUAAGCACACACAUGGGCGAGCACACUGCAGUGAGUCAAUACCUGGUUUUAACCAAGUGGUUUUAACCAAACCAGAUAAGAGAACAGGGGCUCCAGUUUCUGAUCAUACAAUGUGAGUGCUUAACUUCUUACAAAGGAUAUGCUUUUGCCUAGAUGAAAUUCACUUCAUUUUGGGACAAAUAAAAUUAUUUCUAUAUAAAAACAAAUUAAUUCUGCAGAACACCCAUCCUGCCUCCAAUACUAGCACUUUAACAAAAGAGCUCAUGUGUGUUACUCACUCAUCUUUUUCUGCAUGAUUCCCUAAGCAUGGAAGAGACUACUGGAAAUUCUGUGAAACUUUCCCUGAGGGUAGUAUUUAAUUACUUGUGCCGUUUCUGGCCUCAAAAACUUUUUGAUCAGUUAAGCAUCUUAAUAGUUACUAAUAUUUGUAGUUGAAUGCUUAGGGUUCCAUAUUAAAUAAUUGCACCAGUGACUAAGGUUCAAAAAAAUGACCAUUGCCCUAGAUUGCUGUCCAUUGUUUUGGCAUGUACCUGUAAAAAACAAUGGUACCUCCUACGGUGGUCCAUGUACAGCCCCCGCAGCCACAUGCCAUCCCCCUGCUCCCUGCAUCCCACACUACUAUUGUUAUUCUUCUAGCCUCUGUGGGAACUUUUUUUGUUUCUUCAAUGUGUUAAAGAGGGGGGUGACUAAAAUCUGUAUUAUCUUAAAGCCAGAUGUAGGGUAAUCUUAGACUUUUACAUCAAAUCUUAAAAUAUUAAAACUAAAAGCGUCACUUGAAGAGCAAAGCCGUUAAUAUUAGGAUAAAUAAUCGACACAUUCUCCUUUACCCCAUAAGUGGUUAAAACCAUAAAACACCUUCUGCUUAAGACAGAAAUACCUUCAAAGACGUGUAAGUAAAUGAUGGCAUUUCCCCUGUUAAUAGAAGGUGCUGAGUUUGAUUAAUAGGGACGUCCCUAAUCUUUUCAAAGUGUCAAAAUUAUAAUAACAGCCUCAGCUGUCACCACUACCAUUCCUGGGACACCUCCAUGUACCAGGAACUGUGCUACGUACCUGACCGUUACCAUUUCUAACCUUCUGGGUAGAUGCCAUCGUCCCCAUUUUAGCUUUAUUUUCAGGUUGAGGAAUCUCCCACCCAGAGAUAAGAAAGGACUGAAGGGUUAAAUCAGACUUUGAAGUUGUGUCUCUCUACUUUCAAAGCCGAUGCUAUGUCUACCAUCCUUCAGACGUACACAAUUUGAAAUGGUGGAACCAACGUGUUUGUAGGAAGAGAGUCGAACCAGAAAUCCAGAACCCUGAGGCCCAGCCACAGGUCUGCUGUUAAUUGUACGCGUGAGCAUCAAGAAGUUGUGGCCCCUGUUGGCAACUGCGUACGGGGGAGUUCAGAUACACUGAAGGAGUUCCUCUAGAACUCCAGAUUCUGAACCAACAAAUUAGUUUUCAUUUUAGCAGUGGCAACAAAAGUUACUUACUGGGUCGGCUGCAUGCAGAGUCUUGCACCUCAGAGCGGCGAGCAAUUCUUAAGCUUGUUUUGUGAUGGCCAGGUAAAAGCAGCGUAUCCUCCUCAAGAUGCAGCAGCAAGCGUAGUAGGGAACUAGAAAAGAGGUUCUGUAUAAAAGAACAACGGUGGGAGUUCCCUUCACGGCUCAGCGGUUAAUGAACCUGACUAGGAUCCAUGAGGAUACGGGUUCCAAAGAUCCCUGGCCUGGCUCAGUGGAUUAAGGAUCCAGGGUUGCCGGGA